CCUGUGUUGUGUGUUCUGCCCUGCUGCUGGAAGCUGCUUGCUUUUGCCAAGAGAAGGGAAUUUAGCCCCGGGCCAGGCUCAGAGCAGGGCAUCUUUGCUUCUGUGAAUUGCACGUGGGGCGGAUGUGUGUCCCCCUGCUCUGCCCUUUCUCAGACCUGUUGAAAGCAGCAUCUGCUCCAACUGAGCAAACACCCUGGCACUGCAGCAGUGCCAGCACUGCAUCUCAUAUGGUGCCAGUGUAGCGAUGCUGUGUGCUCUGCUUUGGGCAUUCAGGCUGUUUCAGCAGCGCUGGUUACCAGAGUGGCUGUCUUUUAGGAGAGCCAUGGGCACUCCUGACUGCCCUCGGGUGUUUUUAACUUGUCCUGACAGAGGUGAAAUCAUGUCAUGUGUCAAGUACUUUUAGGAUAGUACACAUUGUGCUGUCUGCUCUGCUUCAGUAGUAAACAAUGUGUUUCUCUUUUAUUGUUUUAUCUCUUGUUUUGAGCUCCUGACGCAUCAUUCAGGGCCUUUGACUCAGGCUGGUUUUUGCUAUGUUCCUGCUAUUUUGCUCAGCAGUGCUGCAGGAGGGAGGCCGGGCAGUGUUGCUCCACUGCUGGGUGCUAGGGUGGUCCUGAGGAAAGGGGCUUUAGGAAACCCUUUCCCAAGUCUAGCUGAAGCUCAGGUGAUUUGGAGUUGCUGCAGCACUUGUGUCACUUGGCAUUCCUUUUCUGGAGUCAUUAACUUUUCUUGGAUUUGCCUUAGUUUCUGCUCUGCAUGAGAUUGCCAACAAACAUUUAAUUCUUGCAGCCUUUGCUCCUGUUGCAUCUUCCUGUUGCUCCUUGUGUCACAAAGUGCUUUGACAGAUGGAUGCCCAGGGAGAGUUGGCUACUGGGGCAGUUGGAAGCUGGAGAGGGGUAUAACCUAACAUUUGGAAGCUGGAUGGAACUAGCCACUUGAAUGUAUUCUUUUUGCCCUGGCACAUGUCAGCUCUGAUAGCAUUCUAGUGAUACCAGGAAGGCUCCUGAAUCUGUGGUCUCAUGGUAGAUUUUCACUUGUAAACUCUAUUGUAUAUUACCUGUGUCUGUUUUUGUCCCUGUGACUGACAGCUGGGUCUUUCGUUUUGUAGUCAGUGAUAUUCUAUUGUAGUUCAGUCCAUCUGCAUUUGUCUCGUUCCUUCUUCCUCUCUGUUUUGGGUAGUGGAAUAAUCUAAACACCUGCUAAACAGAAGAUUAUCCAGACACAUAUUGCUGUCCUAAAGAGUACAGAGUGAGAGGGAAAGGCAGAAGUGUUUAUCAGGACAUGAGCAGCAGUGCGGCACGGUUCCCAGUUUCAGUGGUGUUUGGCAGUGGUGGUGACUGUGGCCCUGUGCUGGGUCAGUGCUUCUGGCCCAGGCUUGGUGCAAAGGUGUUUCUGGCUUGGUUGUGCCUGUGCCUUUGUUUGGAGUGGGGUUUGUGUAGCUGGCUGGAGUGUGGCUUAAUGGCUCAUCUGCUUUGGGAAGGUUUUGAGCUGUUGGACGGCAGUGAGACUUGAGAGCAGGGUCGGCAGUUAGCUGGUUUAGGGCUCUUGUGUAAUGUCAUUAGGACAUGCAAGGACUGUGACUAUUUUUUGGCUUAUCUCUGUUGUUUAAUUCAGGUAAACGAACUUCCAAGAAAGGGAGACGUCUAAAGGCAGCAUCCUCCCCAGAAGGUUUUGUUCUAGGCGUCUGCCCAUCUUAUGUCUGCUCUGGAAUUGGUGCCUGUGAAGAAUGACGUCGAGAGGUGCUGGGACUGCUUUCUCAAGGAAGAAUUACAGGCUGAGCACUGAGCCAGAGAAGUCCAAGGUCACAGGGAUAGUGAACAGCAGGCUGCUGAAUGAUUAUCUGCAUCGAGUCUUUACCAGUGCUGAUGGGAACCAGCCUGCAGCUGCUUACAGGAAGCACCUGACAUUCCAGAACCUGCAGGAGCACCUUGAGCGAUUGCUGGCAGAGGAGAAUGGCUCUGAAGACAGCAGAGAUCAGGUAGCAGAAGGCCGACUUGGUCCCUCCACUGUGGUGUUGGACCACACGAGCGGCUUUGAGGGGCUCCUGCUGGUUGAUGAUGAUUUACUUGGGGUGAUUGGCCACAGUAACUUUGGGUCCAUCAGGGCCACAACAUGUGUGUAUAAAGGAAAAUGGAUUUAUGAGGUGCUCAUCUCCUCCCAGGGACUCAUGCAGAUUGGCUGGUGUACUCUCAACUGCAGAUUUAAUCAGGAGGAAGGUGUUGGGGACACGCCAGAUUCGUAUGCCUAUGAUGGAAACAGGGUGCGCAAGUGGAACGUGACUACCACAAACUAUGGCAAAUCCUGGGCAGCAGGAGACAUCGUCAGCUGUCUGAUAGACCUUGAUGAGGGCACCAUUGCUUUUUGCUUGAAUGGCAUAUCUCUGGGAACUGCCUUUGAUAACAUCACGAGGGGUGCUGGAAUGGCUUAUUUCCCUGCCAUCAGCCUCUCCUUCAAAGAGUCUGUUGCUUUUAACUUUGGAAGCCGUCCACUCCGUUAUCCAGUGGAGGGUUACCGACCCUUGCAAGAUCCUCCUGUGGCAGACCUGGUGAAGGCUCGGAAGCUGCUGGGCUACUUGAAGAAUGUGAUCCAUAUUGGAAUAGAUGUGACGGAGGGGAAGCUGGUGGAGAAAGACACAUCCAUGUGGCAGCUGCAGGGAGAACCCACAGUGUUGAUUACAUUAGCUCACAUCUUCAAUUAUUUCUCCCCUCUUAUGUGCAAGGUGUACCUGGUGGAAGAUGUGCUCAUGACCUUCCUGUUGAGCAUCCUUGAGCGAGGAGGGGCAGUGGAGGCCCACCCCCUUAUUCAGCAGCUACUGGAUCUCAUGUGGCUUCUUAUGGAGGAGUAUGAAGUGCAUGAGUGCCUCAAGCAGCUACUGAUGUCCCUGCUGCGGGCUUACAGGUUCUCCCCCAUCAUCCCAGACCUGGGAUUACAAAUCCACUACCUCCGGCUCACCAUUGCAGUCUUGAAGCAUGAGAAAUCUAGGAAAUACCUACUCAGCAAUGUUCUCUUUGACGUGCUCCGUUCUGUUGUGUUCUUCUACAUCAAGAGCCCUCUGCGCGUGGAGGAGGCAGGUUUGCAGGAGCUCAUUCCCACCACGUGGUGGCCAAACCGCUUCACCAAGGAGGGCAAGGAGAGUAAGGAGGUGAAGGAGGAGAGCGCUGAGGAGAGACUGAGGCGUCGGGCUUAUGAAAGAGGCUGCCAGCGGCUCAAGAAACGCAUUGAAGUGGUGGAAAGUCUCCAGGUUCAGAUACUGAAGUUGCUGCUGAACAACAAGGACAGGGGAGGGGGGGAAGCCUCCAGAUACAUCUUCCUAAACAAAUUCCGCAAGUUUCUUCAGGAAAACGCUAGCAACAGAGGGAACUUGGCUGUGUUGUGCCCACCAGAGUACAUGGUGUGCUUUCUGCACCGGCUCAUCGCUGCCCUGCGCUACUUCUGGGAUGGCCACAAAGCAAAGACCCCAGCUUCCCUGAGCAGUGAAGAGGCCUAUGUCCCUCCUCAACUCUUCUAUAAUGGGAAGGUGGAUUAUUUUGAUCUUCAGCGACUUGGAGGUCUUUUAUCUCAUCUUAAGAAGACUCUGAAAGAUGACCUGGCUGCAAAAGCCAACAUCCUGAUCGACCCUGCAGAGCUGCAGGCAGUGACUAUGGAUGAUCUUGAUGAAGAUGAGGAAUCAGCAACAUCAGCAGCACAGUCCCAGCGUCCCUCUGCUGCCCUGGCCAUUGGUGGAGCUCUUGCCAGGCCUGCCUGGCUCAGCUCCCCCACGCUGGGCCGGGCUAAUCGCUUCCUGAGCACGGCAGCCGUGAGCCUGAUGAACCCGCGGAGGCCCCUUGGCACCCUGGAGAAGAUCAAAGUGCUCACACUGCGCGUGGAGCAGCGCACAAGGGAGGACAUUGAAGGCACCCAUGGAAAUGAGGGUCUCUCACUGGGCAGACCCCCAGAAGAGCCAGAGCUGCCCAUCACUGAGAACUCCCUCCUGGAAGUCCUGGAUGGGAUAGUGAUGAUGUACAACCUCAGUGUCCACCAGCAGCUUGGGAAGAUGGUUGGUGUGUCAGAUGAUGUGAAUGAAUAUGCCAUGGCACUGAAAGACACAGAGGAAAAAAUCAGCCGCUGCCCAAAGAAGAGGAGAGACAUCCAUGAGGAGCUGCUGAAGAGCCAAAAGGUCUUCUCUGAGAAGCUCAACCACCUGAGCCGGCGCCUCGCUUGGAUAAAUGUCACCAUUUAUUCAAAGGAGAAGAUGCUGGAUAUCUACUGGCUGCUGCGAGUGUGCAUCCGCACCAUCGAGCACGGCGACAGGACAGGCUCGCUUUUUGCUUUCAUGCCAGAAUUCUACCUCAGCGUGGCUAUGAACAGCUACAGUGCACUCAAGAACUACUUCAGCCCUGUCAACAGCAUGGAGGAACUUCCAGGCUAUGAAGAGACCCUUAUGCGCCUCGCUGCCAUCCUGGCCAAGCAUUUUGCUGACUCUAGGAUUGUGGGCACAGACAUCCGGGAUUCCCUGAUGCAGGCGUUGGCCAGCUACGUCUGCUACCCCCACUCGCUGAGUGCUGUAGAGAGGAUCCCAGAAGAGCAGAGGAUCUCCAUGAUGAAGAACCUCCUGGCUCCCUAUGAGCAACGACCCUGGGCACAGACCAACUGGAUCCUCGUCAGGCUGUGGCGGGGCUGUGGCUUUGGGUACAGAUACACACGGCUCCCACACCUGCUGAAAACCAAGCCUGAGGAUGCCAGCCUCCCCAGCCUGCAGAAGCCGUGUCCCUCCACCUUGCUGCAGCAGCACAUGGCAGACCUGCUGCGCCGAGACCGCGACCUGGCCCCCAGCUUCCUCAACAGCGUCCUGAACCAGCUGAACUGGGCAUUCUCUGAGUUCAUUGGCAUGAUUCAGGAGAUCCAGCAGGCAGCAGAGCGCCUGGAAAGGAACUUUGUGGACAGCCGCCAGCUGAAGGUGUGUGCCACCUGCUUUGACCUGUCAGUGAGCCUGCUCAGGGUGCUGGAAAUGACUGUCACACUGGCACCAGAGAUCUUCCUCGACUGGAACCGCCCAUCAUCAGAGCUGCUGCUUCGAAGGCUUGCCCAGCUCUUGAACCAGGUGCUGAACCGUGUGACAGCUGAAAGGAACUUGUUUGACAGAGUGGUCAACCUCCGUCUGCCAGGGCUGGAGAGCGUGGACCAUUACCCAAUCCUUGUGGCUGUGACUGGGAUACUGGUCCGGCUGCUGGUGGACUCUGAUGUUCAGGGGACGGAGCGUGCGACCGCGGUGCUGCUGGCAGAUCCCUGCUUCCAGCUGCGCUCCAUCCAGUACCUGCUGGGCCACGCUGAGCCCUCAGCCCUGGCAGCAGCUGCCCCGGCCACGGACAAGCGCCACUUCUCCCUGCACACCUACACAGAAUACAUCAAUGCUGAGGAGCUGGCAAAGGUGGAAAAGAUGCUGAACCAUCUGAGUGAGGAGUCCAAGCAGGCAGCUGCUACCACACUGCCCACCAGCGAGGAAGACCUGUGCCCCAUCUGCUACGCACACCCCAUCUCAGCCAUCUUCAGGCCCUGCUCCCACAAGUCAUGCAAAGCCUGCAUCAACCAGCACCUGAUGAACAACAAGGACUGCUUCUUCUGUAAGGCCACCAUCACAGGGGUGGACGACUUCACCAAGCCAGCCAGCUCAUAGAGCCCAGCCCACCACGGGCUCCCCCUGCUGAGUGGAGCAGCCCCCCCAGCUCAUACUGGCUUCUCCCCCAAACGUUUGCCCAGCUCAGGGCUGUGAGACCCUCACCCAGAGGGUCAGGAGCCAGCAAGAGG